AUGUCCUUAGUCCGGUUUGGCGUCUCUCCGGUAGCAGAUUUCCUCUGCUCCUCCGACCCACCCGUCCGGUUACACGCCCGUUCAACAACUACAUCUUCACUGGCACCAAGUCACCUCAGAUCACAACACACCAUAUCACAUCACACCACACCACGCCACACCACGCGACAUCGCAUCACAUAUCAUCCAGCCAAAUUGCCCCAAUCAGCAGGGGUGGGAUUGUGUGGAUCAGAUAGACGCCCCGGCGGGUUGGCUGAAAGUAAUACUGUACUGGUUCCAAUUAAAAAGAUGCCACACGUUGUUUGUUUGCACACGGCUGUAACAGCCGACUGUUUUCAUCAUCAGUUUCCCCCACCUACUAAAUCUGAUACACCCCUUUGCCACCGAAGAGGCCACAAAAUGCUCACACUAUUUGCAGAAAGGUAUGCAGCAUAG